AAAUAGAAACUGAAGGAGAGGGGAAAUUGCAAGGAGGGAGAGUUAAUAAGGGAGUGAAAACAGGUGAAGAUGGUUUACUGAGAAGAAAACUAGCUGAUAAACUGAGCAGAACUGAAGGGUGGUGAUACAGAGAAACAAAACAAACAGCAAAAACACAAAUCCUUACAUAAACAUGUAAAAAAGUCUGUGCAACAGUGUUUUGUUUAUUUUCCUUAGUGAUGUGUGGUGCAUGACUCAUGAGAUGGAAAAUGAAAGUAACUUUAGGUUUCGGUUUCCUGAGUAUCAACAGCUUCAGUCAGAUAAAUAAGAGCCAGCCUGGAGCUGCAGCUACAGUUUUCCAUUUUCAUCUGGGACACUUCAGAGCCUCUUCAACCAUCAGGACUAUAAAGCACCAUGAGCAAACCCACAGACUGGAYGCCAUCCUCGUGGCUGGACACGUUUGAUGAGUUGCUGUAUGAUGACAAUGAGCUGGAUUAUGGAGACGAAUGGACUCUCAACUUUAACUACAGCCAGACAGAUGAAGUCACACAGGGCCAGAGGAAGAAAGGCUGGAAAGUCUAUUGUCACCGUGCUUAUGGAAGCUUUCAGUGUAGAUCUUGCCAUAAGGUCUGGUCUUCAGCUCGGGUGAUGGUGGUGUUCCGUUACCGGCUGCGACAAGGCCGUGGAACCRUCAUCAUGAGGCCCUUCGGUCAGGCUUGUCGCAGCUGCCAGGAUGAUGAAUAUGACCUCCCCGGUUUUACCAAGAAAGAAGAGGAACACGGCCUGCUCAGGCUUUUUUCCAAAAUCAGAAAGAAUUGCUACGGGGAGGAGGACGAGGAGGACAACAGCUCCUCCACGGCCUCUGGCAAAGUGAGGACCAAGCCCCACGAGAAAGCACUGUGUCAAGCCUGUGCUCUGGGGAUUUGCAAUCAGGAUGAUGGCUGUGAAUGAGUGUGUGUGUGUGUGUGUGUGUGUGUGUGUGUGUGUGUGU